AUGACAAAAAUUAUCGCAUUUAAUUGUGGGAGCUCAAGUAUUAAAUUCAAGCUCUUCAGCACAGACCUCACGCCACUCGCAUCCGGUGGAGCGUCGAACAUUUCUGAGGAGCCCAUGAUCAAGAUCAGCGGCAGCGGAGCGAACGUCUCCGAGAGCAUUAGCAAAGGCACAGCCUACAACGAUGUCUUCAAGACGCUUCUUGAUAAGGUUUUCCGUGCACUCGAGCUGCAACCGAACGACAUCACCGCUACGUCACAUAGAGUUGUACACGGGGGCGACAUCGACAAGCCAAUCGUAGUGACGCAGGAGCACUCCGACAAACUCAAGGACCUCGACAGAAUCAGCGCGUUUGCCCCUUUGCACAACAAACCAGCACUGAUGGCGCUCGAGGCUGUUCUUGAGCAUUUGCCUGCAUCGCCAGCGGUGAUAGUGUUCGACACGCUUUUCCAUCGCACUCUACCGGAAGCAGUGCGCAAGUAUGCGAUCGGCAAGCCGGACCACGAGCCACGCAUUCCGCUGCAGAAGUACGGCGCGCACGGUCUGUCCUACCACAGUAUACUCCGGUCAGUGGCAUCCAAGCUAGGUAAAAAGGAAACAGAGACCAGUAUUGUCGUCGCACAUCUAGGCAGUGGAGGUAGUGCGUGCGCGAUCAAGAAUGGCAUCUCAGUCGACACAACGAUGGGUCUGACACCACUGGAAGGUCUGCCGGGUGGGAGCAGAACAGGUUCGAUCGACCCUACACUUAUCUUCCACUUGAUUCGCGACGUCGCAGAGACUGUCGACGUUAAUGGCAUGCGCGUAUCGAGAGGUGAGUAUGUCAUGAAUAAGCAAGGUGGAUUCGUCGGCUUGUGCGGUACGUCCAACUUCGGGAAAAUUUUAGAGGAAAUUCCAGAAGCGGAUGCUGAAUGCUGGAAACCAUGGUAUCAAGAGGAAAUGCCAAAUGCUUUCGCUCUGGCAUAUGCUGUUUAUUUGGACAGACUCACACAGUAUCUUCUCGCGUAUCUACAGAAACUGUCCUUCGGGACUCACCCAAAGAAGGCGAUCGAUGCGCUGGUCUUUAGCGGUGGCAUCGGAGAGAAGUCAGCAAGGUUGAGGAAAGAUGUCGCGGAUAGACUUAGUGUGUUCGGCGUAUCUGUCGUCGACUCGCUCAAUGAACAGGCGGGCGAUAGAGAAGCAGACGGUGCAUUUGCACUCAGCAACGACACAAGCAAGAUUCCAGCAUACGUCUGCUGGACAGAUGAGGAGGGAGAAGCAGCUCGUCAAGCCAAGAUGACUCUGAGUUUGUAG